CAGACGGAUCAGCUUCAUCUUCAGAAGACCGAACAACUCAAACACAAGAGAGAAAAAUGGACCCCUGCGAGUGCUCCAAGACUGGAAACUGCAGCUGCGCAGGAUCCUGCAAAUGCACCAACUGCUCCUGCACCUCCUGCAAGAAGAGCUGCUGCCCCUGCUGCCCAUCAGGCUGCAGUAAGUGCGCCUCUGGCUGCGUGUGCAAAGACAAGACCUGCGACAAGAACUGCUGCCAGUGAGGGACCCUGAACCAUCACCACUUUUCCCUUCUUGUUCAGAGUCUUCAAUGGCUUUUAUUUUGGAUGUUACAAUUUUUUUCUAGAAAAACAAAAU